GUUCAUGGUCCCUUAACUUGGACCAGCUUACAUGGCAUACAAGUGUUUGUGUUCAGUCAUAGUUAAUAAUGGUUUUUCUUGGAUUCUUACAAAUUGUAGCUUAAAAUAUUUCUUUUUUUCUAGAAAUCAAGAUGGCACAUGAGAUACAUUUAAAGAACAACAAAUACCGGCAGUGGAUUAAGGCAGGCCUAGGCUUGGGUUAUCUAACAAAGGGACUUGCGCCAUUUUGUGAUGACAUAGGAAAACAGCAGCACAAAUAUAUUAUAAACCAAAUACAACAAACAAAGACUCCUCAACCAAACAUACCAUGUAGCGCCUGUCAGAUAACAACUCUCCAGCCAAAUCAUGUCCGAGUCUCAAAAGGGAUAUGUCCCCUCAAUCAAGAUAAAUGUAACUGUUGUUUUCCAAGUAAUAAGAGACCCUGUCCAAACAACAUAUGUGGUGCCAUCUAUGACAGCAUUAUACAGUAUCAUGCAUCAAUACCACCGGCACCUUUUUGGAAAAACAGUGUUGUCCAACAGUGGUCGACAGAACCGUGGGAGGUUUGCAAAUGUUUUAUAAAUGCUCCUGGGUACAAGGACAAGACAUCAGCAGUCGACACAGAUUGCACUGGGUUGCUUCAUGUUAUCAUAAAUAACAAGUACUUUCAUAGUCACAUUGGAUGCAAUGUUAGCGGACCAAACAAUCUUUUUUCAAAGGUACGGCAGUACCGAAAUGAGAUUUUUCACUCUAGCAGUAUGGAGCUAGAGGAGAGCAAGGCUAAUUGUUAUAUCGAUGACAUGAUAGCUGUUCUACAAGAUGGUAAAGAACUUGUACAUCGACAAGAUGCACAGCAAGCUGUCGGGAAACUCCAAGAUCUGAAGAAGAAGGAAUUUAUUAUUACCACUGAAGACUUUAAAGAAAUUCUGACUCAAAUCAAAGAAAAUGCUGCAACAAAAGAGGAAUAUGAGGAGCUCAAACAUAAAUUUACUGAACUAAAAGCACAGGUGUUGGAAGCUGAGAAAGAACGUACAGAGAUGAAAAGAAAAAUUACUGUUCUUGAGACAGAGCAAAAAGAGGAGAUAAAAAGACUCAAGGUAGAAGUUUCUCCUCAACAAAAACAGUUGGAAAAUGAAAAGACUAAAUCAGGUAUGUUGUAUAGAAAAUGAAAAGACUAAAUCAGGUAUGUUGUAAAUAUAAAAAAGGCGAAAUCAGGUAUGUUAUAUAGAAUAUGAAAAGGUGAAAUCAGGAAUGUUUUAUACAAUAGGAAAAAGGCUUAAAAAGGUAUGUAAUAUAGAAUAUGAAAAGGCUUAAUCAGGUUUGUUAUAUACAAAAUGAAAAGGCUAAAUCAGGUAUGUUAUAUAUACAACUCAAAAGUUUCUAAGGAUCACCUUUUUGACAUUGCACAUUUCAGUCCUAUUAUCAUCAAAAUUAUUAUUAUCAUAAUAAAAUAUUUUUUCCGCUAACGAUACACAUGUACAGGGACCUCCUAAUCGUGUACAUGAGUAAUCAAUUUGUUAAACCUUGCACGAUAAGCAUGUGGAAAAGCAUACCCAUGGAAAUUUUGUGUUAUAUGGCCAUGUGCUUUCACUUAAACGUGUACAAGCAGCAAGACUUCUGGUUUUAUUAUGCUCCCCAAAAAAUUUCGGGGGAGCAUAUAGUCGGCGCCUUGUCCGUCUGUCCGAGCAAACAUUUUGGUUUAGGGGCUUUAUAACAGUAAAGAAAACAAAAGAGAACAAUAGAUCAUUCCGUGAUCAAAGGGUUUAGGGGCUAGUAGCCCUUAAGAUAACAAAGAAAUAACAAAGAAAAUAGCCCCUAAACCCAAAAUGUUGGAACGUCCGUCUGUCCGUCCGCACAAACAUUUCAGGUAUAUGAGCUAACUAACAGUACACUGGAACAAAAGGGAACAAAAGACUUCAUUCCGUAAAUAAUAGUUAGCUCAUAAGGAAACAAUAG